CAGAGACAGAGAGAGAGACACACACACACACACACACACAGAGAGAGAGAGAGAGAGAGAGAGAGAGAGAGAGGUUGUGGAAAAAAAAUCCACACGAAACGCUAGAUCAGAUAGCAGACGGGAGGGGGAAUCACUGGUUGCACCGAAACACUGGAGAACACAAGGAGCCUCAUCACAGCUUUACAGUGCAUUAGUGGAAAACGAAAUGAACACAACACUAAAGGAACAUUAAGGGAACAUUUCCAGAGCUUUCAAGAGACUUCUCUGCACCACCUUCAGUGAAGACCCUGUGCUGCCGGCAGGUUUGUGCGGCACACACAGUGUAUGUGUGCGUGGUGCAGGUACUGUUAACAAUGAGGACCUUGCAGGACUACGACAGGAGCCCCUUGAGUUUGGAGAAGUGGUUCUACUCAAAGAGGAACCCUUAAGGAACCGGGGAGUUAAAUCAUGCUUGGACUUGCCUAGAAAGUGAGAAAGAAAACAAGAACCUUUUAGUCCUUCUUCAUAACCUGGACACAUAUACACUCAACAGAAGGUCCUUGUGUCUUGUGCAGCGAUUGGUGGAGAGACAGAGGCCUGGUAUCCCAACCACUCAUUGUCCUGACCGGGCCGAGUGGCAUGAGUGUGGGAAAGACCCCUCGCUACAACGUUGUGUCAUCGUCAGAGGAGGACAUCCAUCACCACGGCAACAUGCCUGCCCUCGGCAAUGGCUUUGGAAAUGGUAAGAUCCAGACGCGGCGAAAGCCACGCACCCGCUUUGUUAACAAAACCGGACAGUGUAACGUCAGCUUUUCACACAUGGAAGAGCAAUCACAGCGCUACUUGGCCGACAUCUUCACAACAUGUGUGGACAUCCGUUGGCGCUGGAUGUUUUUUCUCUUCUCUCUUGCUUUCAUUCUGUCCUGGCUGGCGUUCGGUUUCAUCUUCUGGCUCAUUGCCCUUGUACAUGGUGACUUUGACAGAACCUCCAGUGAAGAGUUCACACCCUGCAUCAUGCAGGUCAACAGUUUUGUGGCAGCCUUCCUGUUCUCAGUCGAGACCCAGACCACAAUUGGUUAUGGCUUCAGGUGUGUGACUGAAGAGUGCCCACUGGCUGUAUUUAUGGUUGUUGUUCAGUCCAUUUUGGGUUGCAUCAUUGACGCUUUCAUGAUUGGUGCCAUCAUGGCCAAAAUGGCCCGACCCAAAAAGCGUGCACAGACAUUGCUAUUUUCGCACAAUGCUGUCAUAGCUAUGCGUGAUGGAAAGCUGUGCUUGAUGUGGCGUGUAGGAAACUUGCGCAAAAGUCACAUUGUCGAGGCCCACGUACGAGCACAGCUGAUUAAGCCAAGAGUGACGGAAGAGGGCGAGUACAUCCCACUUGACCAGAUCGACAUCAACGUUGGCUACGACAAAGGCAUCGAUCGCAUCUUCCUUGUUUCUCCUCUGACCAUCAUCCACGAGAUAAACGAGGAGAGCCCGCUCUUUGGAAUCAGCAAACAGGACCUAGUCAAUGAAGACUUUGAGAUUGUGGUGAUCCUCGAGGGCAUGGUCGAGGCCACGGCAAUGACAGCUCAGGUGCGCAGCUCUUACCUGGCCAACGAAAUCUUAUGGGGUCAUCGCUUUGAGCCAGUAGUGUUUGAGGAGAAGAACCACUACAAGGUAGACUUUACGCACUUCCACAAGACUUAUGAGGUGCCCUCCACACCACGCUGCAGUGCCAAAGACAUUGAGGACCGCAAGUCACUGCUCUCCAGUGCUAACUUCUGUUACGAGAAUGAGUUGGCAUUCAGCAGGGAGGAAGAGGAGGAGGAAGAUAUAAGGGGAAUUUUGGGGACUGAGAUGGAAACCCUAUCAGCCAGCCUGAACUCUGACCAGAGAUCACACCAUAUAGAGUCCGAGAUAUGAUCUCUGACACGACUGAUCCUUGACAUUCACCUCUAGAGAAUUUUAUUUUAACGUAGAUCCAGUCUGUCCCUUUAGUUUUGGCUUGAACUGACAGAUACAAAGCAAAGCAAGUGCCACUAUGAACCACUGCUGAAUUAGUGCCAUGGUGUAGUCAAGGGCAAUUCAUGUUCAUGACUGUUGCUGGAUGGCCUUCCAGUAGGAAAACUUGAAAUAGGAUUCCUUGUUUCAUGCUGUAGUUUGAAGUGAUAGCUUUAAGUGAUAUCAUAAUGCAAUACCAAGCUAUCCUGGGUGCCAAAUUGGUUCAGACAUCUGCUAGGUACUUUUGGUACCUUCUCUUGGUUUUGUAGAAUUCCCCCUCAAAAUAUAUAUAUAUAUAUAUAUAUAUAUAUAUAUAUAUAUAUACAUAUAUAUAUAUAUACAUAUAUAUAUAUAUAUAUGUAUCAUACACUCAUCAGCACAAUAAUUAACAAUAGAUAGACUCACAAUCCAUUUCGUUUGGUAUAAUAAGCAAUAAGGUUACGUCGUUACAUCAGUUUUACAUUAAUAACCAAAAAAAUAUUUGUUGUAUGUUGUAGCACUUCAAUCACUCAUUUUCAAUCAACAUUUUGAUUAUCUCAAACCUACCGUGAUUUUAAAUACAUCAACAAUAGCAAACAGUGAAUUGCCAUUAAUUAAAGAAAACAAGAUGGCACCCAGGCUAGCAGAUAGCUAGAAAACGUAUGUGUCUUAUAUCUUCAGAAGUGUGUAGAAUUAUCAGUGUGUGUGUGUGUGUGUGUUUUAAAAGUCAUCAUUUUUAUAGAAACACAUCGACAAUUUACCCUCCACACACAGACGACACAUCCAACCUCCAAACACACACUCAUUCAUGCUCAGGAUGCACUCUCUUGCACAGCAGACAAAGCUCAAAGAGGAAAAAUGUCGAUGAAAGUUGGUUGUUUCUAAGUAGGACUGUUUAAUUGUACCUAAAUUAUGUUACAGUGCAAAUGAUUGAGCAGGAUAUCUAUUAUAUAUCUAUUGUGAACACUAUAUUGGAUGCAUUUCAGCAUCAAGCUUUAUUGGAGGCUGCUUGAACAAUAACUAAAAGUAACACUAUCUGAUUACAUUUGAAAAAAAAAAAAACAUUAGUGUAACAUAAACAAGCUCCUGAAAUUGAAACCAAAUCAAUUUUGGUUAUAAAUAUCUCUAUUAUUGCAUAUCAUGACUCUGAGAUAUUUACCAGGCCUUAAAUACAAUGAGCAGGCCUCAUGGUUUAAAGGCUUAUUAAUGUAAAAGGGCACAGUGCAAUAUGAAGUGUUACUGUUCUUCUGAGUGGCGAUGAUGAUGAUGAGAUGAUGAUGAUGAUGAUGAUAUGCUUAAAGAUAGCCCUACAUUUGGGCAAUGGCGAAGUGUUUAAACAGUCAGCCUGAAGGACUGUGGAAUAUCUGAAAUGCGUUAAACAUGUUACAAAGUAUUCAGAUAGCCUUAUCUGAAGGUUCCCUUAUGAAAAAAAUCACAUAUUUUUCACACAUGAUCAUAUUUUACACUCGCUUGUGACUGUCAGUAAUAUCUGAUCACUUGAGAAACAUGUGAAGGUGCAUUUCAACUUGUUAUGCCCUGAAAUUGCACAUGUGAAUAAAAGUAAGCCUGUGAAAAAUGUGACCAUGUGUAAAAAAAAAUAAUAAUUUGCGCACAUGCAAAUAAAUGAAUCAUGUGUAGAAAAUCACAUGUGAAUCACUGAAAAACUCACAAGUGAUUCAUAUGUGAAAAUAAGGAAAUCAUUGGGGGGAAAAUCACAUGUGAAAAUAAAUGAAUCAUUUAAAAAAAUCAUGUGACUCACUUAACAAAUCACACAUGAAACCUUUUUUAGUCACAUGUGAAAAUAAAUGAAUCAUUAAAAAUCACAUAAGUUAUUUUUUAAAAAUCACAUGUGAAAAUAAAUUUUAAUAAAUCACGACUCAUUUAAAAAAACCACACGUGAACCGUUUUUUAAAUCACAUGUGAAAAAAAUGAAUCAUAAAAACUCGCAUGUGAAUCAUUUAAAAAAAUCACACAUGA